CACAUUGAUCAUCCUACUUUCAUCUUGAUCAUCAUCUCACCACAGUAGUAUUGACAAAGUUACAUAUCCAGCUGUCUACCUUGCCACUCGUCCACUUUUCAAACUUAUUUCUUCCUGCCCUCUGCACCCUUGCAUCCGAACACCUACCCCUCAAGGAAGCAGUAAAGGUCAGAAUCAUGUCAUGGUUCAGCGUUACCGACCCUGACGCGGCUCCUGCGUCAAACUUUCAUCCCGUCACUUCCACCUUGACGGGCUAUGGACCUCUUACCGAUCAGGACACUGCCUGGGAUUGUUCUACCCAUAAAGGGUUCAGAAGCGAGACGCAGAUAUGGUAUACCAUCUUGACGGAUGGUAGCUGGGUCAUGGUACAGAUUAUCUGGUCCUAUCUUGGACUGUUUUUGGUCCCUGCCACUUGCCAAAUGACUUUCAAGAUUUACAAUCCCCAUGCGAAGAAAGCUGUUUGGAAAUCGAUCAGUGCUUCGGGCUUCAAACCUAAUGGUCGCUCAUGCAAGUCUGAUCAUUUUGACAUCAAACAUACUGGUGCUGCCAGUGGAGAAGAGUCGUACCAUAUUGUGGCUCAUUUGGACAAACAUGUCCAAUUCGACUUGGUCUUCCGGAGACCGGCAGAAGCACCGGGAGUCAAAUUUGGCGCUGGGGAGAUGGGAGGUAUUUCGACUUUUGGCAAGGACAAGGAGGAUGGCAUCGCAUUGCACCGUUUCCUCCCUCUCAUGUACAGCUCAGGGACGUUCACCUUAGAUGGAAAGGUCGUGGAUGCUAAAGGAGACGGCAUGUUCGUUCGUGCCAUCCAAGGCAUGCGACCAGACUCUCUUGCUACGAGAUGGAAUUUUGCUUUCUUUACUACUGGCGGUGGCAUCGAGGAGGGUCCCCUCGGGGGCGUGAGAGCGAUUCAGAUGGAGUUUGAAACUACUGACGCAUACGGUCCCAAAGGUCAUAAGUCAGGUCGGACCAAAGUCAACGUUGGGGUUGUCACCAUAACCUCGCUCCCUUCCCCUCUAAUCGUUGUCGGUCAAACCCAUCACGCCUCUUCUGACGCCUUUCCCAGGUUGUCCAAAGAUAUCUCCGCUGCCACACAUCUCGGUGUGGUCAAAGACAAGGACACAGGUUACUACGCCCCGACCGGUAUCUCGUUUGUGUGGGAAGGUGACAGAGUGGACGGAAAGGGUCGAGCAGGUGCGAAAGUGGUGCAGGAGAAGGCAGGUGCUACCGUCGGUGAAGGAGGCUUGAUAGAGAAGGUCGACGUGCUGGGUGAAAUCCCACUUUUGAUCCGUAAAGGUUUGGCAGCGGUGACAGGGACGAAACCUUACAUCUUCCAGUAUCAAAACCCCGCCACGCUGGAAGUGACAUUGGAUGGCGAGACCACACCUGUCAAAGGGUGGUUGUUUGACGAAGCGACGUUUAUCUCGGACUGAGCGAGUGAAUUGAAAGCAGAGAGGAACCAAUGUACAUAGUGUCCAGUCUAAUUAUUUAAUGCAUCGUCGUGUCGACUACGAGUACUC